UGCGUGAAAAAUUGUUAUUACGUAAGAAGGAUUAUCAUUGUUUAUCAUUGUUUUUCUCGCGGAGUACCUUUGAUUAAGCCAAUUGUAGGUAGGAUGUUCUACCCACUUAUAAUUAUUGACAUUUAUUUAACUAAUUAAAAGGAAUUAAUGUGAUUAUGGAAUUCCGCCUUCGUUUGCAAUGACACAAUUAACCUAUUUUAUUUGCUAUCGCUUCAAAUUUAAAUAACACAAUGAAAUGAAACUCCUUUAAUCGGUGAACAAAAUGGCUAUUUUUGUGUAUUCUAAUGAGAUUGUAAAGCAUUACGCUGAGAAGUUUUUAAAUGAAACCGAGGAAAAUUAUAAUGCCAUUAUCGAAAUAAGGCAGUGGUUGGAUACUUUACCCCAUUUAAACGCGAAAAAGGACGACAAAUCGAUUUUAUGUUUUCUACGCGGGUGCAAAUUCAAUUUGGAGUUGACCAAGAAGAAGAUGAAAAAUUUUUACGUCAUGAAAGGUGAACGUACCGAAUGGUUUGUCGACCGAAACCCACUCCUGCCCGAAAUUUCGGAACUGGUGCGCAUGGGUGUUUUUGUUCCGCUCAGAAAAUUCAGCGAUAAUAAAAUGGUGGUUAUAAUACGAACAGCUACGCAUGAUCCCAAGGUGCAUAAACAAGAUGACGUAUUUAAGGCGGGCAAAAUGGUGCUGGACGUCGCGAUUCAAGAAUAUUACGAAAACGCCACGGUGUUCGGAAUUUGCGCCAUUUUUGAUAUGACGAACAUUUCUUUGGCCCACGCCAAACAGUUACCGCCCAGCAUGAUCAAGAAGGCAGUAUUCGCCUGGCAAAAUUAUUACUCAAGGCCCAAACAGUUGGAAUUUAUAAACGCUCCAACGUACAUUAACGUGAUAUUGAGUGUCUUUAAAAGUUUUAUGUCUGCUAAACUUCAAGGAAGAGUAAGGGCGCAUUAUUCAGGGUUGGAAUCCCUGCAUAAGGUGGUAUCCAAAGACAUUCUUCCUGUGGAGUACGGCGGAAGCGAGUCUACCAUGGAUGAGCUGAUACAAUAUUGGCAUCAGAAAGUGUUGCAGUACAGUGAUUGGUUUAAAGAGGAUGAAAAGUAUCGUGCUCAAGUAGAAAAGUAAUUUUUUAUUUGUUCCUUGUAUCUACAUAGCCUUGAAUUGAUUGUUAGUUUUUUUAAUUGUUGUCGGAUAUUAAUGAGAAUCGGUGCUUUCGUUUGUUUGUACCUUUUUCCCAUAGAUAGUUGGCUUGUAUUUAUUUAAGCAUAUUAUUUUAUUAAUAUUUAGGUGGCUACUGGCUACCUAUAGCACUAUUAAUUGUUUAUCUAUUUAUUUGUAUUCUCAAGCAAUAAAGACAAAG